AUGGUUCAGUGUGAUGCCUGUAUAGGUUGUAUUGUUCAUGUCAACACUUGGCUUAUUCGCUUAGCAUUUGAUGAAAGUACUAAAGAUUACAUUCGGUUUUUAUAUGAGAAUAUCCCACUUGUGUUCAAAAUGCAAGGGUUUCUGGUUCAUUUCUUCUAUCAUUGUCAAACGAUGAGUACAAUAAUGCUAUGUGUUCACAGAUUGUCGAUUGCGACAUUCCCGAACUCCCCGAAAAUAUGGUACAGAUACUACCGUAUCAUUUAUGUGGCAGUAAUUGGCUAUGGAUUCGGAAUGACUAUGAUACCAAACUUUAUUACCGGAUCUCGUCAUAUGACCUACAAUUAUGAACUGCAGAAGUUCUCGUUUGUAUAUGAAACAGAAGGAAAACUCAAUUUUGGAUGGUUUUUGUGGUACGAGAGCAUCGUUUAUUUGUGCGUAAUCGUAUCUAUCGGAAUCAUGACUGUUUAUAUGAUCCUCAAACGAUUCGAGGGCAAAUUCAGCAGCGAAUCUCGUCUGAUUCGAUCGCGAAUGACAAAAAUCGUCGCAACGCACACUGUCAUCCAUUUUUACGUUAUCGCAUGGCAACUUUUAUCGUCUAGUGGAACACUGAACAUUGACAAUAAAGUCUCGAAUGCGCUGAUGAUGAUCGCCUCCGAUUUGAUGUCAUUGUCAACGCCUUAUGUUUUGUUCAUUUGGGACGUAAAUGUUCGCAGAAUUGUGAUGGACUUUCUGAAGUUCGUGUACGCGAUCGCAAAAUCAGACAGUGUUAUUCCGACGAUAUCUUGA